AUGGUUGAUUCAGAAAUUGAGCAGUACUCAAUGCCUCCGACUGGCUCACUGAACUUGCCACUUCAAGUAGGUGGUAGUGCUACUGUAAAUGGUGCAGGUACCAACGAUGAUGAAAGAAUUUGGACUCAUAUAUUAUCUGAAGUUAUUGCUAACAGUAUUAGUAUUAGCAGCGGUGCACCAGGAACUAUCCUAUUCUUAGGGAACCGACAAAGUGGCAAGACUUGGUUGUUAAAUAGGUUGGAGAAGAAAGAAACACCUGGUCGUAGUUCUGCACUGGAAUAUCACUUUUUGAAUGUACAUACAGACUACAGAGAUGUUUGCUAUGCGUAUCAAUUAGCAUCUGCAGGCGCAGGUGUUGCGCCAGGAGAAAGUGUAACUUUACCGGUUUGGGUUUUGGAUGGUGAUGAGGCGUUCGCGCCUUUGGUAAAAUAUGCGUUGACAGCGCCGUUGUGCAAAAGUGUUGUGAUACUAUGUGCAUCAAUGCAAGAACCUGGAAUAAUAUUAUCGUCUCUCAACAAAUGGGCGAAAAUAAUCGGUCAUCAGAUCGAAAAUUUAUUUGAUCCAGUAGCUCUGGCGGAUGCACGCAAAUCACAAGAACUAUUCUGGCAAGAAUAUGUUGAACCACUUGAUAGCUCAAUGCAAAGUGACAAAAUACCAUCUAUGGAAACAGAACACGUACUACUACCACUUGACCAAAAUGUUUUAACACGAAAUACUGGUGCUGCUUUGGUAGUUGUAUUAACGAAAUGUGACACAGCACUUGCUGAAAUGUCUGACGAGCAACUUGAUCGCUUACAAUAUCAUAUUCGCAAAUUUUGUAUGGCUCAUGGAGCAACAUUAAUAUACACAUCUGCCAAAGAAGAAAAAAAUACAACUUUGCUCUAUAAAUAUAUCGUCCAUCGGGUAUGUGGAAUGCCAUUCACAACACCAGCUCAAGUUGUUGAGAAGGACUCCAUAUUUGUUCCAGCAGGUUGGGACAAUGAGAAGAAGCUGGAAAUUAUUAAGGAAACGAUUCCCGACGUUGAACAUCCGUUAGAGGUGACACGUGAAAAACAGUCUGUGCGUGAUCAUGUCGUGGAAGCAGAAGAUGAUCAAGCAUUUCUGAAUAAACUUUCAAAUAUGGAAAUUGCGUCACCAAAACGAGCUGCUGCACAAAAGCAAUCGAGUGAGGGUACUGAUGGCAAUUCUCCGCUAGUUUCUUUUUUCAAUAAUCUUCUGAAGACCAAAGAGGGCCAGGUGGCACAAGCGAAUCGGGUAGUUACUGACCCUCAGGCACAUCUACAAAGAAUGCUGGAGCAAGUAAAUAACUCGUCAAUGACUUUGAGAUCGAAAUCUGGAUGUGAACAAACAGCAGUCUCUGGGACGAACUCAACUUAG